AUGCCAAUGCACAAUGGAUGGUUACCCCGCGAAGGGUUCCGAAGCGAUGCCCUGGGUAGCUUGAUCAAGAAAACCGCAUUAAAUCCCGCUUUUACUUUGAUUUUUAUUCUUCUAGCUCGUUACACGAAACGAGGAAAUGAUCUCUCAAUACUGCAUGAAACUGCAUAUUCUCGCGUGCGAAAAUUAUUCUAUUUUGGAGUUCUCAGAUUGAUUUCGAAUUAUUUGGAGAGAGGGGUACAGAAUAAUUGGGUAGAUGAUAAAUAUGAUUGGCAGAAAGAAAUCGUUUUGAUUACAGGUGGUGCUGGCGGAAUCGGUGGACAAGUCGUGAAACUUCUUGCGGAAAAGGAUAUUACGGUCGUGGUGUUGGAUGUGAUUCCUAUGACUUUUGAAACUGCAUCCAAUGUCCAUUACUACAAAUGCGAUAUCACCUCACCAUCUACCAUAUCCAGCGUUGCAACUCGCAUUCGCUCAGAAGUGGGUAAUCCAACCAUCCUCAUCAAUAACGCCGGUGUUGCGCGCGGGAAAAGUAUUCUCGAUUCCAGCGAAAAAGAUGUCCGCUUUACAUUCGACGUCAACACUAUUUCCCACUAUUUCAUGGCCAAAGAAUUCGUCCCAUCCAUGGUCCGAAAAAAUCACGGUAUGAUCGUCACAGUCGCCAGUCUAGCAGCCUACAUGACCGUCCCAAACAUGACCGACUACGCCGCAUCCAAAGCAGCGGCCCUCUCCUUUCACGAAGGAUUAACCGCCGAACUCCUCACUAAAUACCACGCCCCAAAAGUAAGAACGAUACUGAUUAAUCAGGGAUACACCAAAACGGCUCUUUUCCAAGGCUAUAAAAAUGAUUCUACGUUCUUGCUACCGACGUUAGAGGUUGAUACCGUGGCGGAGGAAAUCGUAAAGAAGAUUUUGAAGGGGAAGAGUGGUCAGGGUAUUUAUCCUGGUUUUGGCGUCUCGUUGACUUGGUUGAGGGCCUUGCCGGGUUGGUAUCAGAAUAGAGCUAGGACGCAGGGUCAGCAUAUUAUGACGGAUUGGAAGGGGAGACAGGUGUUGGAUGUGGAGAAGUUUUAUGAGGAGAAGGAGAGGGAGAAGAAGAAUGAGGAGGGAAACAAGUUGGAUGAGGGAAAAAAGUUGGAUGAGGAUAAGGAUAAGGGGAAGGGAGGUGAUGUGGAGAGCGCGUCGACGGUUUUGGUAAAUCCUUGA